UGUUUAUCUCUCCCCCAAUCCUCUCUUCUUCACUAUACUCUCUUCUUUCACUUCCACCACACCAAAUCUCCUCUCUUUCAGUGCCAGAAAAAAAGGAAAACCUUUGAUUUGAUGAGGAAACUUUGUCCAAAUUAUGACAUCCCAGAUGGGUUGGACACUGUCCUCGAAGUACCAAUCCCGGAAGAAAUGUUUGUUCCAAACAAGACGACUCAUCAUCAUCAUCACCGUUCAUGGCAGAACAUGAAAUCAUGGAUGAACAUGAAGCAGAACCCCGACCAAAGACAUUCCAUGGUGGCUGUUUUCGGGGGGAGGAACACCGAGAUUCAGCUCCUGCUUGGUGUCAUCGGCGCUCCGUUGAUUCCUCUCCCUAUAAACCCUAACAACGAUGACCAUUCCAUCACCAAAAAUAUCAAGGAUCACCCGAUUGAAUUUUCGAUGGCGAAAUACAUAGUGAAGCAGUACAUUGCGGCGGUCGGCGGGGAGAAGGCAUUGGGUGCGAUCGACAGUAUGUAUGCGAUGGGGAAAGUGAGAAUGGCGGCUUCGGAGUUCAGUGCCGGAGAAGGCAGUGUGAACAACAAGAUCGUUAAAGUGAGGAACUUGAGGCACGGUGGCGGAGAGGUAGGUGGUUUCGUUUUAUGGCAGAAACGGCCGGAGCUCUGGUGUCUGGAACUGGUGGUUUCCGGAUGCAAAAUCAGCGCCGGCAGUGAUGGAAAAGUGGCUUGGAGGCAGACACCAUGGCACCAUUCUCAUGCUUCUAGAGGUCCCCCUAGGCCUCUCAGGCGUUUCCUACAGGGACUUGAUCCGAGAUCGACAGCAAAUUUGUUCACAAACUCGAUUUGUAUCGGCGAAAAGACGAUAGAAGACGAUGACUGUUUCAUCCUAAAACUAGAGGCUGAGCCUUCAACGCUAAGAGCUAGAAGCAGCAACAAUGUAGAGAUCAUCCGUCACACUGUCUGGGGUUGCUUCAGUCAAAGAACAGGCCUCCUAAUCCAACUCGAAGACUCCCAUCUACUACGAAUAAAAUCUCCCGGUUCCGACGGCGUCUUUUGGGAAACAACCAUGGAAUCCUCGAUCCAAGACUAUAGAACAGUGGAUGGUGUCAACAUUGCACACGCCGGCAAGACCCGUGUCUCAUUGUUCCGGUUCGGGGAGAACUCGGAAAGCCAUUCGAGGACGAGGAUGGAAGAGGUUUGGACGAUAGAAGAAGUCGACUUUAACAUCAAAGGGUUGUCGAUGGAUUGCUUUCUGCCUCCCGGUGAUCUGAAGAAAGAAGAGGAAGGGUUCGGGAUCGUAUCGAGCAACAUAAGGUUACCAUUCAGAGUUAGACAUGAUCAAUCUAAUAGGGUUAACGGUUCCAAAGUUGUUGCCAUCGACAUCGAUGAAUGUGACGAUAAAUCCUCCUCGGAUGAUGAUGAUGAUUUGUUUUAAA